UUUAUCGGACGACCUGUCAGAUUUUUGUAUGGGAUUUGACGAAAUCGCACGUCCGACGUUAUCUGUCAAAUCCCAUAUACAGGUGUCCCCCGAGAUACGACUGUAUUUGGGACCGAAAAAAUGUCCCAAAGCAAGGCGUAAGUCGAAAAAGUCGUAUGUCGAAUAUCUAUGAAUAUAAAGUUUAUAACCGAAGGUGAAGAGUUGGAAUCUAUGAUAUCGUGUAUUUUAUUUAAAAUAAUGUUCGAUAAUGUAAUAAUUAUAUUUUAAAAGACGUACACAUUAUAGAUAUUCAAGAUAGAGUAAUUGUGGAAUCUUUGGAAAUGUGUGUAUAACGGUUAUUAGCCCAGAAAUUCAAAAAAUACAUCAAUUUCUUGUCAAUGACAACUUUUAACUGUCAAAAUCAAAAUCGUCGUAUCUGCGAAUCGUCGUAACUCGAGGGGGUCGUAACUCGGGGGACGCCUGUAAAUCUCGUCCGAUAAAAUCGCAUCCGAUGAGCAUUGCCACCGCCCUUAGCGCUGUAUCGGGUUACUUGUCAAAUCUCUCCGUCUUCCACCACAUUUUUUUACUCGUUUCUCGACACGUUCUCGCUGCGGUGUUGGUCGCGUGUUGACUGCUAUUAAAAUGUUUGUUGGGUGCUGGGUUUCAUUUCGACAGCUCAGAGGAGAGGUUCGUAUUUGCCGUUGUAUUGAAUGUAGUAAAUUAGGGAUUAGCUUCGGUAAAUGUGAUAAAAUAAUAUUUGCAGCUAUACUUUACCGUCUUGGGUGGUUAUUAGGUGAUAUUGUGUAACGAUGAGAAAUAAAUUAGCACAGUAGUUUAACCUUCAGUCAUACGAAACUGCCAGCUACGAUAUCAGCUGAUACGCUGUUCCUUCUCUUUAAAACCUCUUGUGUGGGGAGAUGCUUCAUUUAAAUGGCUCGCAGAACUCCAAACAGUGUAACAAAAUGGAGGACUAGUUCGCGAGCGGAUGCUUAAGCAUUAUUGUUUUGUGACCUAUUAGUUAAGGCAGAAGAUAUCAGUGCACAUUAGUAUGUUUACCGUAAAUGAGUGUGCGAACAAUGCUCCUCCAAUACUACAAUAAUCUGGAGGGACAGCUUUUUUUUUGCUUGCUAUCUGUCAGAGUUGUCCAACGGUACCUCCAACUCGCGCCAAUUUUGGGGGAUGAUGACACCGUCCGCCUUUUCUUCGAUCGGCGGCAUUCUUUAGCCAUUGGACGUUCCUAGCUGCGUGUCGCGUUCAACAAGCCUGUUUCCUCAACCCUGUGCCCAACGAUUGCUCCGAGAGAGAUGGUGCGUCGAAAGCCGUAAAACAAUCGCAGCAAUCACAGCUAGUUUGUCCAUCCUAGUCCGGGUCCGGUCGGAGAAGUGCUUUAUCGCGUUCGUUCGCGUUUUCCUGCCUGCUAGUGACGGAUUCGGAAUUUAGUUUUUAUUUCUAUUGCACUGCAGCUGUGUAUGGGCUGAGUUUUUUUGGUAAUUCAAUUUUUGUGAGAAAUCGUAUCGCGAAGAUGUCAACUAGCAGCAGCAGCAGCAGCAGCAGCACCGCAACGCCUGCACCAAGGAUGAUCGAGAACGACGAUAGUGUGCGAAAGUGUAGUGUGGUGUCCAGUGUGCCCGACGAGGAAACCUCGGGCAGCGAGCCAAGCAGUGGCGAACAACCUCCGGCCCAUACCAAAGAAUGUACCAUCCCGGACGAGGGAGAAGAACUCCCGGAUAUGGAGGCCGCAGGCUGUAACUUCGAAACACCGACGACGGACAGAACGGUGUUCCGUUUGCGCAAGUGCUCGACCAAGAUCUUUGGCCUGUCGCCCGUUUCGGAAAUCUCGGCUGCACUGCAAGAUUCCGGCCUGGGCACACCGCGAGCGGCACGGCACGCACAUUCCCGGUCGGUCUGUUUGAGAAAAGAAGGCAAAUUUCAGCGCGUAGUCCAGGGAGAAAGCAAGUUGACGCCGUCUGGCAAACUUGUCUCCAGCCGUGGCCAGCAGCUUCCGAAUGCUGACGAACGCUAUCGAACGCUUGAAAACGCCGGCGGUAACAAUAAAGACGACGACAGUACCGACCACCACUGGCAGAAUCAUUAUCGGCAGCAGCAACAGGAGGAGGAUGGUGAUACAUUGAACCGCAGCCGCUUCACGCUCAACUCUGCCGGACGAUCGCCAGCAAGCAGACGGACGGAGCAGCGCCAGCGCAGCCUCCAGUUCCGGCAGCACGGUGUGCCCCAGCGCAUGAUCUACGACGAUGGGUGCAAGAUGUUGGGCUCGCCCGGCAAGGAGAACAUGCCGACCGAGGAGCUGUCGUUCUACCAGAGCCACAGCCCGCAGCAGAGCCCCCGGCCGUGCAGCCCGUGCACGCUCUGUCCCGAGGAUGGCGAGCUGCUCCCGUCGGAGAGCAACACGCCCAGCAAGCACAUGGCGAUACCGAUCGUGAGCGGGACGACGGGCCCGAUGGUCGUCGCUGCCGCCGCCGGCAAGCUGACCACCGGCCCGGGCGGGCUCGGCUACCGUCUGCGCCGCCCGCUGGACGAUCACGAUCCCAACUCGAUGGACUCCGGCUACGGUGCGAGCGUGCUGAACGAUGGGCUCAUGAGCUCGCUGCACAACAGCAGCAGCGGUUCGGUGACCGCGGCCAAGCAAUCGCACCACUCCCUGUUCCAGUUCAACCAGUCGCAGACGGCGCAGAACAGCAGCCUGUCCCGGCACAACAGUGCCAACUCGCCCGCGAGCUCGCGGGGCCGACUGCUGCUGCACAGCAGCCUGUCGUCCGGCUCGAUGGAAUCGAUGGACGAUAUGGAGCUGUUCGACAUGGAAGCGAUGGAGGACGACGACAUGGAGGGCAAGGGGCAGCCGGGACAGCAAUCGCGUACCCAGCAGCCGAGCGGGCUGAGCUCGCUGAUCUGCGGCACGAUCAAGACGACGCGCACGGCGACCACGCCCGAGCACCAGAAGCGCCCGUUCGUGCGCCGCUGCCUCAGCCUGACCGAGAACAACAAUGGCACCGUGCUGCAGCAGCAGCAGCAGAUGAAGACGCCGGAGCGCUACUCGCGCCGCAUGAUCGCGAUCGAGGAUCAGGAAAACUGCAACCUAACGCCGUACUCGUCGCGCACGGAAGCGGUGGUGACGCGCUGCUUCAAGCGGCCGGAACCGCCGGGCAUUAGCCCGGUGCAGAGCAAGCGCAGCAAGAUGCAGAUGGAUGCGGUUGCGUUCGCACCGCCGGCCGUGACCGCGCUGGACAGUCCGGCCCGCACGACCGUGCUGGCGGCGGUGCCGAAGAAGCCGGUGUACCAGAAGUCGAUCUCGAUGAACGAUGCGCAGAUCAUGAGCGCCCUGUCGCGGUCCUCGUCCGAGCCGGAUCUGAUCGGCGACUUCAGCAAAUCGUACGUGCUGCCGCUGAUGGAGGGCCAGCACCGGGAUCUGAAGUCGAUCUCGGGCGACACGAUGGCGCGGCUGGUACGCGGCGACUACAACGACAAGAUUGCGAGCUUCAAGAUCAUCGACUGCCGGUACCCGUACGAGUACGAGGGGGGCCACAUCCGGGGCGCGAAGAACCUGUACACCCAGGAGCAGAUCGUCGAGGAGCUGAUCCAGUCCAAGACGGCUCCGCCGAAGGUCACCGACGGCCAGGACGGGACGAUGCGCCGUCACAUCAUCGUGUUCCAUUGCGAGUUCUCGUCCGAGCGUGGUCCAAAAUUAUCACGCUUCCUGCGCAAUCACGAUCGCAUCCUGAAUGCCGACAGCUACCCGGCGCUGCACUAUCCGGAGAUGUAUCUGCUGCACGGCGGCUACAAGGAGUUCUUCAAGGCGCAUGCCGAACUCUGCGAUCCGAUCGCGUACCGACCGAUGCUGGAUCCGGACUUCGGCGAAGCGUACCGGCACUUCCGGGCCAAGUCGCGCAGCUGGAAUGGGGACGGCACUGGUACGGUCAAGGCCAGCGCCACCGCCUCCUCCAGCUCGCUCGCCGGUGGACCGAACCGACUGACCAAGUCGCGGUCUCGAUUGAUGCUGUAAUAGCGCCCCCCUGGCCUGGCACGCCGCUUAUUGGUGUGUGCGCUGAAAGCUGGUUGCUACCGAACUGUGUUGAACGUGUUUUCUCCCGUAUCUUUGGUGUCCCGAUCUUCCUCCAUCACCCUUUCGCCCCCUCCCCUUUUAUCCACGCUCACGUCUCUUGUAUAUACGUUAUGGAAUGUUUUUUUUUGUUGUUAUUAUAUUUUUAUACUUACGUUUACCUUAGUUUAAUAUUUUGUUUUUCUUUGCUAACGAAAGCAGAGCCGACAACAAUUACCGUUGCAAGACAGUUUUGUGCAUAUUUGGAAAAGUUUCAUUAAACGAAUGACAUUUUUGAACAAACAUUCAAAAUAAACAAAAAAAGAAGAAGAAUAGGAAGAAACGUAACAAUUUUUCGUCAAUUAGCUACAAUUAACUUGUUGAAUUCAAACGCGCAGCACCAUACGGCAAUAGCAAUACACAAACCGAGAACUGGUCGUUCUGCUGUUAGCAUACUCAUUACUGACAAGCACAAAAAAGCACAUCUCCCCCGCUCUGAAAUAGUUUACCGUAUAGGUUUUUUUUGUUUGUCUCAUUAUUGCUUUUUGAUGUGAACGUUUUUCUUUUUUUUAAUUUUUCAUAGUUUACGUUCUUUUCUUUUAUUUUUUAGUUGCGUUGUUAUUCCUGAGUUUUUCUUUUUAAUAUCUGUGAUUUAGAAUGACUUAUCUUUUGAAGUAUUCUUUUCAUAACAAAAAAAAGAACCGCAUCGCCUUGUGCGAUGGGUGUCCCAAAAAAUCUCAUAAAACUUCAAUCGAAGUCGAAGAAGCGUCGUGGUGUAACGAAACUGGGGACUUGGGGCGAACCGUUGACGACAAAUUGCGUCCCAGUGGAGACUAAACGAUAAGAAGUAAUGUUUUCCAAACCAUGUGUAGUAGGGACGGAAAACUGUCGAGAAUUGUUAGCAGCUUCGUGGAAAUGGAGCACUUGAAACUAGGCUCUUUACUCUCAUUUCUUACCUAAACAGCCACAUCAGUUCUGUAGCAUUGCAAUAGAUUUUAGAGUUAUCGUUUGUUUUGGUGCGUGCACGGUUAGAGCAGGACGGUCACGAAGGAGCACGGUACUAAAACGACAAGUGCAAAUUAGGUAAAUAAAUAUAAAAACCAACCUCCCGGGUGCGAUUGUAAGUGAUAACUACUACUACUACUAUAUGGAACCGAUACACAGCUCCAAACUGUGCGGAAAGUGUGAGGGUAGGCCUAUUUCCGCAAACAAGUGAAAUGCCUGUCCAAGACAGCGGUGCUUGAUGUGGGACUUUCCGUGUUGUUAGGCUAUGCUAUAACAAGGGAGCGAAAAUACCACAAGGAUUAUUAAACCUAACCCCAUGGAAUACACAGUAGCGCAGAGUAGAUUCCUCUCCGACAGAUUAUACAUCUCACAAGCAUCGCCGAAUGAUUGUUGAAAAGAAGAAAAAAAAACAAAA